GCUGUCGGCAUCAUCCAGCUUGGAGACGAGCCGCUCGGAGAACAGUCGAGAACAACGUGGAUCAGAAACCAUGCCGCGUGUUUAUAUCGGAAGACUGAGCUAUCAUGUCCGCGAAAAAGAUAUCCAGCGAUUUUUUAGCGGAUACGGAAAGCUUAUGGAAAUCGACUUGAAAAAUGGCUAUGGAUUCGUGGAGUUCGAGGACAACCGGGACGCCGACGAUGCUGUGUACGAGCUGAACGGGAAGGAGCUGUGCGGGGAGCGAGUGAUCGUGGAGCAUGCCCGCGGGCCGCGGAGAGACCGAGAUGGCUACGGUGGGGGUUACUGGGGUGGUGGGCGCAGUAGCGGUUACAGCAGCCGAAGCCGCUCUGGCAGGGAUAAGUAUGGGCCUCCAGUCCGUACUGAGUACCGUCUUGUCGUGGAGAACUUGUCCAGCCGCUGCAGUUGGCAGGACCUCAAGGACUUCAUGCGCCAAGCAGGAGAGGUUACUUAUGCAGAUGCCCACAAGGAACGCACAAAUGAGGGUGUGAUCGAGUUUCGGUCCCACUCUGACAUGAAGAGGGCCAUUGACAAGCUGGAUGGUACAGACAUUAAUGGACGGAAGAUUCGCCUGGUGGAGGACCGACCUCGCAAACGAAGGUCUUACUCUGGCAGCCGCUCUAGAUCUCGUAGUCGCCGCCGCUCCCGCAGCAGGAGCCGCAGAAGCAGGAGCUCCAGGAGUCGCUCCAGAUCUCACUCCAGGUCUCGUUCCCACAGCAACAAGAGACGUCGCCACUCCCGCUCUAGAUCUGGAAGGAAGUCUCGCUCCAAGUCAGGAGACAGCAAAUCACGAUCUCGCAACCGCAGGUCCCGUUCUGGCUCCCACAAAUCUAAAUCUCGUUCACGCUCCCGCAAAUCCAUGUCCCAUUCAGCUGACAGGAAAUCCAAAUCCCGUUCAAAGAGUCGCUCAAAGGUAAAGUCAGAGCGGGAUUCUCGCAGCCGAUCCAAGGAGAUGUGUGUUGAUAAGAAGUCCCGCAGUCGUUCGGCUUCUCCAGUGGAGAACGGAAAUGAGGAACGUGUCGCCAAGUCUCCCUCGCGCUCCCCGUCCCCACAUGAGGAUGACCGCCGGUCCAAGUCCAGGGAGAAGCGCUCAGCCUCCCGCUCAAAGUCCCGCUCAAGGUCUCGCUCACGGUCUAGAUCAGCUUCUCAGGAUUAGUGGAAUUAGAAAAGGGUGGCAUUUCUCUCAUUGAGCUUGAUCCCUAUGCUGUACAUAAUCAGCGGUGUUGUCAUACUGGCUUUAUGCUUCAUGGUUUGUCUACUUUUCUCCUUCAGUCGUGCACUUGUCCUAAACAUUUUAGCUGCAGUUUUAUUAGAGGACGCUCCAUGGUGACUGGACUACUUUUAGGUCUCUAAAUCAUCUGCCUUCCAAAAAUUUAAACAUUGUCUCAAUUAUUUUCUUUCUAAAUUUGAAGUGAUAAUCUUAAGAGCUGCAAAGUUCAUGGUUCAAGUCACUUUGUGACUUUUUCGAAAAGUUUCAACUUGAUUGGUAAACUGUAGGUUAGUCCCACCAGUUUGUUUUAAUCAAAAUAUGUAUAGCUUUGCAAAUAUUAAGUUGUCUAUAUUUUACUUUAUAAUAGUCACAUCACAGUUUGCAAGAGUUAGUUGUUUAGUUGGUAGAUCAAUACAAUUUACAAGCACUGUAAUUGCCCUCAGACCAUGAACGGCUGGAGCGUCCAUUAGGCAUUGUUUGAUGCAAAUUUUUUGUCUUGUGCAUUCAAACUGCAUGGUUGUGGGAGAAAAGUAGUAUUUGGUUACAGAUUGAAGCAGUUUCCCUUUUGAGCUGCAGUCUAGAUGCUUUCUCAAGGAAUUGGCCAAUCUUGGUGUUGCCUUGCGCCACUCAAAAUGCACAACUGGGAUGUAAGAACUUGUACUGAAGGAACAGCAUAUUUCCAGGAAAAAAAACAAAAACAAGGGUUUGUAUUUCAUGUUUUGAAAACUUGCAUUAUAGGUGGGUUAUCCCUUUUUAACCUCUUGUACAUAGACCGUGUGAUCAGCAUCAAGAACUUAUUUCUUAAUUUUUGUUGCUAUGAUGUCAACUAUUUCCUUUCCUGUAUCUUUGAGCAGGUAAUCUGCAAAAGACCUUUUUGCUCUGAAUUUGUUUGCCUAGAGCUUUGUGGCCUCUGAUGCAAUGUCCCGAUUUUCGUGCAUUUUGCUUAAUUCUAAAUGCAGCCCUGAUGAAGUCCUUUUUCAAUUUGUAUUUCAUCUUUUUUUUUUCUCUGCGUGUCUAUUCCCAGGGUUAAGGUUUUUGUCAAGUCUCUGCUUAUUUAAAGUGUGCAGCCAGUGCUGGAGUUUUUGUACUUGAAAGGAACAUCAUUCAAAUCUCUCGAGGGUCUGUUUGUGGGUUUAUAACAAUCAGACUUACUGAACGCACCCCCAUCUCCCCAUCUUGUGGAACAGAUUCAUAGUAUUUUUUUUCUUCAUGCGAAUGAGAUCUAACAAAUGUCCUUUUUUUAUUGUAUGUUCAAUUAAAGAUCUUAAUGAAAAAUA